AUGGCGUUCCAAGAGCAACAAGUCAUGAAGGCUCUCACUCUGGAGAAUAACAGAAAAGAAAACAAAGGAGGGAAGUUCUCCAAGCAAAGUGAAGAAGAAUCCCACCACUUGGAAGAGGUUAAAAACAAGAAACCUGGGGGAGAUGUCAGAAAGGGUCAAGUCAGGCGAACUGUGCCUAAUUUUCAAUGUGCCAUACCUAACAGACAUGGUGAUUAUAAUGAAAGGAAAGGGGAUGUUGGGAAAUUCGUAGGGCAGGUGAUAGAAACCAAGAGAAAGAGUAGGGUGCAAGAGAGAAGGCCUCACAUGUGUUUCCGUACCCUGGAACCUGACAAUACGAAUUUUGCCUCAUACCUUAAAAUAAAAGGUUUUCUCUCAGUUUAUAUCCACUGA